AUGCCCCGCUUCAUCUUCCUCCUCCGUGCAAACAAAGACGCCGAAUCCGGCGUCCUUCCCCAACCUCCCGUCUUCGGACUAAUGCACGCCUACAACGAAUCCCUGAAGUCGGCGGGCAUCCUCCUCUCCGCCGAAGGACUCUUCGAGUCUUCAAAGGGCGCCCGCCUCUCUUUCCCCAAGAACGAGAAAUCCCCAGACGAGCCUACGCCCAAGGAGGAUAUUAAGGUGACGAAUGGACCUUUUGGGUAUGACGGGGAGAACAGGUUGGUGUGUGGGUAUUGGUUGAUCCAGCUAAAGGAGGGAGAGGGGUUGAAAGAAGCGGUGGAGUGGGCCAAAAAGGCGCCCUUGUGGGAUACCGAGGCGGAGGUUAGGCAGGUGCAUGAGUUGGAGGAUUUGGAGGGUGUGAUGCCGGAGGAUGUGAGGAAGGAGGAGGGGAAGUGGAGGGAGGAGUUGGGAGAGAAGCAGUGGGUGAAAUAG